AUGUCUUCAAUUCAGACAAACGUCGACCCCUACACCGGUUCAUCUACCUCGACCAGAGACGGCAUUGCCAAGGAAGACGUCGCCCACCUAGAGGUUGCGGACAAAGGAAAGGAUUUUGACAAUGUGGUGGAAAAGCCCGAAAGUAUUCGAGGCUUGAGCCCAGCAGAACUUCAGAAACUGGAAACGAAAAUGGUUCGCAAGAUUGAUAUGGUCAUCAUGCCUAUCAUGGGCGUACUCUACAUUCUCAACUAUGUCGAUCGAUCUGCUCUAGCAGCAGCCAAAGUGUACGGGAUCAUGGACGAUUUGAACAUGACCACAAAUAACUUUGCUACUGCGAUUUCAAUCCUCUUCGCUGGGUAUAUUCCCUUCCAGAUUCCAUCGAACUUGAUCAUGACGCGAAUUCCUCGUCCCGGCUUGUAUAUUUGCAGCGCAGCAACUAUCUGGGGCAGUGUCAGUGCCGCUACCGCUGCUGUCCAGUCGUACAAAUCACUCCUGGCCAUCCGUGUCAUGCUAGGUAUCACUGAAGCCGUCUUUUUCCCAGGAGUCAUCUAUUUGAUGAGCGCUUGGUAUACCAAAAAGGAACUUGGCAAACGUUUGGGAGCCCUGUUCGUCUUUCAGAUGCUUGGGAGUGCCUUUGGAGGUUUCAUUGCUGCAGCUUGUCUCACUUUGAAUGGGCGCGAGGGUACCACAACAGUUGGUUGCGGGCUCAUCUCCGCCAUGCUCAUGCCUGAAUAUCCACACAAUGCUCGCCUGCUAAAUCAGACUGAACGUGACUAUGCCGUUUGGCGAAUUGAAAUGGAAGCUGGAGCUGGUGAAGCCCACGAAGAGACCUCGGUUCUGGAGGGCUUCAGGCGUGCAUGUUUAGAUCCAAAGGUCUGGGCUUUGGUAUGGUGUAUGGGAAUGUCCCAGGCUAUGGGCUCAACAACGAACUUUUUUCCAACUAUUGUCGAGACGUUAGGAUAUAACAAGAACAUAACUCUGCUGCUUACCGCGCCGCCUUUCUUAUUAGCAGCCAUCUUAUUCUAUAUUAUCUCUUAUAUUAGUGACCGCAAAAACGUUAUCUAUCCGAUCCAUGUCAUCUGCUUAGCCUGUGCAGUCGUUGCCUAUGUUGUUGCGAUGGCGACAACUAAGACUGGCCCGCGGUAUUUUGCGAUGAUGUUGAUGCCAACUGUCUGUGCUGGGCCGCAGAUCCUGCUUUACAAAACCCUGAACAUCCAUAUGGCACGACCUUAUCCCAAGCGGGCAGCUGGCGUGGCCAUGAUCAACGCCAUCGGUGGAAUAUCGAAUGUCUGGACAAGCUACCUUUAUUACGGCUCACCUCACUACUAUGCGGCGUUUGGGUGCUUACUCGGCUGCGUCGUUGCAUUCUUCAUCGUCAUCACGGCUUACAGGAUGCACGUUCGGGGGUUGAAUAAGCUGCUAUCAGGCACUCCUGAAGAGCAACGCCGGGCUAUAAAGAGCGGAGUCACUGAACAACAAAUUGAUUUGAAUUGGCGAUAUAUUGGGUAUUGA